UGGGCCAUAUCUUCGAGUCGCUUCACGAAGUUCUCGAAUUACUCGUUUAAUGUAGUAGCAAGGAUCCAUUCUGAAAGGUCCGUUCAAGAAGGACGAUGUUGUUGUAUUUUCUUCAUUACGGGUGCCUGGAUUGAAGUGGUUGUUAUGAUCCAAGUUUAUAUACUGGCUGCAUACUAUGCUCUGAAGGAACUGCUAUAUGAGGCAGCAAAUCAGGGAAUCAAGAAGCGUCUGGAAAAUGAAAUCCGAAAGUCUCGCGCAAUACGAUCCGCCCGCACGAAACGUGUAUUUAUAACUGGAGCCGAUGGUACUAUAGGUCGAGAGGUGGUAAAGAAAUUCCUACGAUACGAUUACACUGUACAUGCUUUGGUUGGAGAUCGACAAAAAGCGAAAGUGAUGUUUGAGUCUCUGAAUGGUUCACAACUGCCAUUAACCUUUUAUGAGGUCGACUUUGCGGAUCCUCAUGAAGUGACUAAGUUCGCGAGAGGAUUUCUUAACAGAUGUGGUGAAAUUCACGUGAUGGUGUUUUGUGCCGGCACUAUGUUGGAUGAUAAAGAGUUUAUCGGUGACGUUGAACGUCACAUGUGCGUUAAUGUCGUUUCACAAGCACUGCUGCUGGACCUGCUCAGCCCCUUGCUUGUGCCCGAUGCCAGGAUUCUAUUUUUGAGUUCAUCGACCGCAAAAGUAUCUCACUACACGAGCUCAAUCUUGCAAGGAGAUCUGUUGACGUACCACGUGGGUCCCUACCAAGCCUACUGCUUAUCCAAACUUGUUCUCUCAGUGUAUGUCGAAGAGCUGGCUCGUCAUCGACCGCACUGUAUUGCGACCAUGCACCCUGGAGUGAUACCGGGAACUCUCUAUCGUCAUACCAAUAUGUUUGUGAGACUCGUGACGUAUUUCAUUCUACCUUUUUUGUUGAGGCGAUCCACCUUCAGCGCCCUACUCGUGGUUCACACCUGCUUACGUGAUGACCUAGUUAGCGGAUCAUAUUACGAGGAUGAAGUGGCAAAAAGGCUCGGAGAUAAGCUGACCGAAAAGGAUAAACAAUCCAUCUUCAAGGCUGUACAAAAACAAGUCCAGGAAUGGUCCCGUCUUGAAGAUUAA